AUGAGCCUCCAUGACCUGCUGGAGUCACGCAGGCCAAAUCCAUUCAUCCCAAUGAGUCUAAAAUGUUUCAUACUUCACAACGUCGCCAGUGGCUUGGCCUACUUACACGAGCAAUCACCACCCAUCAUUCACCGUGACCUGACCGCUAGAAAUGUUCUCCUCAACUCGGGCAUGGUUGCAAAGAUAGCGGACCUGGGUACCGCUCGCAUCUUGCCAAGUGGAAUGAUUGCAGCCACAAUGACCAGAGCUCCCGGAAAUUUGGUGUAUAUGCCUCCAGAGGCCUCUUCCCACAAAGUAGGUGAGAGGGAAAGAGAUCAGCGACAAGCCCUACAACCCAACGUUCAACAAGUCCUGCACCUGUUGGAACAGGUCAGAGCUGAAGUGGGAGAUGAACUCAUUGACAUGAACAAACUUGAAAUGAUGCAAGCUCUUCGCGUACAUCCCAGUAACCAGAAGAUUCUUAACGACAAGGACACGGAGAUUACGGAGCUCCACAAGGCACAACACAAGGCACAGCAGGAUAAAACUGAUUUCGAAGAAGCAAAAUUUCACAGCCCAGACAGCCAGCUACAGCAGUUAGCUGCAUUGGAAAAGGAAUUAUGUGAGAGAAAACAAGCUAUGGAACACAGGGAGAAGGAGCUGGAAACUCUUCAGACAAAACUAAAGACAGUUUCACAAGAAUUACACAGCCUGAGGCAGAGAAAAACUUUAGAAUUUGAAGGCAAGCUAAGGGAAGAAUUGGACCAAGAACUUAGAAGACUUACAGAAACGAAGGACAGAGAAACUUUGAAUGCACAAAGAGCUUUUAAGGAGAAGGAAAUGAUACUGCAGCAGAAAGUCGGUGCAUUAGAGGCUGAGCUCCUUGAAAAGGAAAAGAGCGUGAAUAAGAAAGCCGAUGCAGUUAAAUCUGCCCAUGAAAAACAGAAGUAUGCACAAAAUAAUCCAGAAAAUCCUACAGAAGCAGCAAACCUUGCCAGGAGAAAGUCGCUAUUUAAACAAAAACGGUUUCACCCUGAAGGCAGAGAAGCCCUUACAUCAGAGGAUGCGGUGGAUUAUGGUGAACUGAAGGAAAAAGAGGUGAUGAAUAUGCUCUGUGGAAUUGCCAACAAGUGGAGACAGCUUGGAACUCAGUUUGGACUCCAGCGUAAUGAGCUAGAGGCGAUAAAGCAAAAUAAUUCCUCACCUAUGGACUGGCUGCUGGAAGUGAUAGCUACGAAGAAAGCUAGAACAACUGACUUUGGGUGGACAGACAUUGUGAAAGCUUUACGUGCCAUGAAGGAAAACAGGCUGAAAGAAAGUAGUGAGUCCAAACUCAAAGGAAAGUUCUCUGCCCUCAUCACCUUCGCCAUCCGAUUCCUGGAGAAGAAGGAAGAAAAAUGCUUCGAAGACUUCAAGUCUUACGUCAUUACCUUUUUUGAACUUGAUUCAGCCGUCUUGAUUGCCACUAGCUACCGCCAGGUUUUCAACCUCAUUAGCCACGAGAAGAAAUGGGACUGUGUUAACUUCUCACCUUUGCUGGAAGUUUUGGGUCAUUUCAUUGGAGAGGAAUCCGAAGCAAUAUGCUGCGACUAUCAGGAAGCAGUCAAGGCCUACUAUGCCACACGAAAGCUUACUGAGACAAUUUCCAGGACCGACCUAACAAAAAUGUCCCGCGAAAAUGAGCCCCUCGAUUUGACCGUGCACGAGAUCGAAAUGAAGCUGCACCCACACAAGGUCUCUGAGAGAUCUCUCUCCUACAUUCACUCAGUGUGGGACUCGAUGUCUAGUUUCUUUUCAAUUCCCUCCGUCAAGACGGUUGUCGAUAGCAUGCCGUCAUCGGACGCUGAGGCUGAUUGCCUCUGUGCCACUCUAACACGCAAAACUAGUGAGCCGUUAAUGGGGCAGGGCAAAAAGUCUUGGAAGAAAUUCAUGAAGGAAAACGACAUCACUGAGAUUUCGUUUGAUAGUGGACAUGUCUUUACACUAUAG